UCUUAGCGUCAAUAACGGACUAUCGGGUAAGUUGACAACGGUAUCCGUGUGGUGUCAUGCAACUUGACACGCACGGCGUUGUCAAUAAAGACAAGUCGAAUAGAUGGGUACCGACGCCGACAAAGGUCAGAGCUUGCCGGUCGACGAUCAGCCAUCCAGGCCCUCUUUAUUUUCUCGCCUGACGUCGCCUCUCCGUUCCCGAACACGUAACCUAGCCGAUUUCCAUAUUCGUCUCCAAGAGCCUCAUCGCCAAUAUUCUGCUGGUGAUCAUGUCAAGGGCCACGUUAUCCUUUCCGUCGUUAAGCCUAUCCGCAUAACACAUUUGACCGUCGCCCUGCACGGAUAUGUUCGCGUCUAUAAACACGCCGGGGCCGCGGCGCAGCUUACUCCCGUCAACCCUGCCGUAGUGUCCCACGAAAGAAGUAAAAGCGUUAGGUAUUGCGGGAAUGGAUUGGCCUCCCUCUUCCAAGAUGAACAGGUUUUGUGCGGUGAGGGGAGACUUAAGCCUACAAGAUUCGAAUUUGAAUUCGAUCUCAUAUUUCCUUCAAAGGGGCUGCCGAGUAGUAUUGAUUUCGAGAGAGGAACAAUAUCGUAUAUGGUCACGGCUACGCUAACACGGCCAACCUCAAUAGCUGCGACUUCUAGCUGUGAAACAAAAGUAGCGUUGAUGGAAAAGGUGGAUAUAGGUGUUAUCGCCCCGCCGCGAGAACGAAGAGUGUGUAUGCAAACUCUACGCAGAAGACCAAAGAAGAAAAAGAAGCCGAUACCGACAGUGGCAUCAGCGGCCAAUCGCGGUUCGAUAUCUACAGAGACGCAGGAACCGGCGUCGGACCUUGACUCUACAAGAGUCAAUGAGAAUUCCAACAGGAGUUCCGUAAGUUUAGGAGAUGUGACAACGUCGGUCGGGCCACCCGGAAACCAUUUGCCACGAAGCCCUUUGCGGAGCGAUUUAAUCCCGCAUGAUCUACAAAGCGAAAUAAGCGGCGACAGUGCCGUCAGUAACAAUAGCGGUUCUAAUAGUGCUAGAGGCGCCGAUGCCAGUGCCGAAUCUGUCGCUGCAAGUAAGCUGUCGGGGGGUGAUGAAAGAGAGAUCACAGCGACAGUUGAACUAUUAAAAGGAGGUUGUCUUCCCGGGGAUAUAUUACCUGUUAAGAUCAAGGUCGAGCACAAUCGCCGCAUGAAAAGUAUGCACGGUGUCAUCGUUACGCUAUAUCGCCAGGGCCGCGUAGAUUAUUCACCACCACUUUCCCUAUUCGCACCCGAGCUUUCAAAAGAGGAUGCCAAGCGACUUAAACACGAAGAGUAUUAUCCAAGAUCAAGGACUGGACUGGGUGGUCUGUCGUUAUCUUCCGCUGGUACCUGUAGCGUCUUCCGAAAAGAUCUUUCUCAAGCAGUUGCACCACUUAUUAUCGAUCCUGUUACGCUCACGGCAAACAUCACGACUUCCAUCAGAGUACCAGAAGAUGUAUUUCCGAGCAUAAAAAAUGUCCCUGGAGGACUUAUUAGUUUCAGAUACCACGUUGAAGUUGUUGUUGAUUUAGGCGGGAAACUUGCCGGUCAAUCAACUGGGAGUUCACAACAAGCAAGUAGGAUAGGCUCAUUAGGGGUUCCAGGUGGUAACCCUGCGUCAACAGUUGGGUCCUAUGAUCUGAAACGGCUUUCCAAUUGGAACGGCACGAUAGUAGACACUGAUCAUUUAAGACGCGAGAAAGGUGUUAUAUCAGUAUCCUUUGAAGUUGUUGUAGGGACUAUGGACUCGAGCCGCUUGCGAGGCAAGUCUGUAAUGCGCCCGCCCCUUACAAUACAGCCCGCCCCUUCAAAAGACAUCAACGCUGAAAAUGACGAAUCGAAUUAUACAUGGCAGCAUGAAUAUGACGAUGGGAACAACUACGGCGGAGAUUAUGCGCCUUCACAACUUGAAUCAUCACCACAAAACUAUUUUCCACCGAGAGCAUCUCCUCAAACAUCCUACUACGAUUUUCAGGGCGGCGAAACGCACGCCCCGGUCUAUAUACCGCCACCGGAAGUACCUCGAGAAAGCGAGCUGUCCGAAAAGGAACGCGUUCGGCAAGCAGAACAGAGGCUAUUGCCCAGUCAGCCGCCGCCCCAACCUGCAGAAUCAGAAGCUGGACCAUCCCAACUGCCCUCUGCACCGAUUGAAGAAUCUGUUGGUGAAGUUAAUGGUGAUCAUAAUUCUAGCAGCCACGCUUCUUUUGCCGAGCGAGGAGAGGAUAUGGGAGGACCAUCUGCGCCUGCCUUGGCGGAUCUAACGCCAGUUAACCCUCCAUCCUCAUCUAACAUAGAUGACAAGCAGGAGCUUGAGCGUCGGCGGCUCCUUCAGGAAGCUAGCGCACCCCCCGAGGUUCCAGAAGACUACGAAGGCGCAGAACCGUCAGCACCAAUCCUUAGCCCGUCACGGACUCAGGAGCCAACGGCUCCAACUCUCGAUGACGAUCAUGACUAUGGAGGCCUGGAUCCUUAUCAUGAUAUUGCUGGACCAUCCGGACGAGUCGCGGGAUCAGAACCAUUGCCGAGAUACGAACGAUGAUAUGUACACAAGGUGUCAUAAAA